CACUGUUCAAAACCACUAACCCAACAACGCUCCCUUCUCCGUUCUGAGAUCCUUGUCGCGAGGCGCAGCGCCUCGACCGGGAAGGCUCCCAGCUGCAUCCCAACCUCGCCGGAUGGAUCUUGGUCGCCACCGCAUUCAAUUUCUCUUUGCCGCAGUUUACCCUGCGGUGUCUGGUUCGGUUGCAGGGCUGGAGACUCGACAGAUCUCGUCGUUCAUUAACGAACUGAGUCCUAACUGGUCGAACCGUACAUCUAAACAGACGCUUAUAGAUGGGUGUGAUUAUGAGCACUGGCUUGUUGUGAUGGAGAAGCCUGCAGACUCUCCUUCGAGAGACGAGAUAAUUGAUAGCUAUAUUAAAACCCUAGCCCAGGUGGUUGGAAGGCGAGCCAUUCAUUAAUGGUUAGGUACCGUAUGAUCCUAAAUACCAUGAGGAGUUUGUGAGAAACUAGGAUGCCCCACGUUUUCGGAGGGUGAAAAGACAGGUAGUUUGUGAGAAAUCAUGAAGAGCUGAAUCUAAUCUUACUUGUAGUUUUAGUUAGUAGUUUUGAAAGAGACAAAUUGGAAGGUUCAAAAUGAAAAAAACUUUAACCAGAGAGCCUUCUAUCCAUGCCAACCAUAUGCAACAGGAUAUCCUUGAAUCCUGUUGUAGUAUCGCCAAAUUCCAGCAAAAUUUUUUGGUAGGCUCCCUCUCUAGACUUAAAAGAGAAGAAGAAGAAGAGAAUUAAUAAAAUCAAUUUACAUAAUAAAAAAAGUCUAUUUGAAUCCAAAUGAUACCUCCUCACACUUGUUGUGUGCAAGAUGAUUUCUUAAAAAUCUGAUUAUGGUAAUACAUUCAUCUUUUUUACUAUUGGCAGCAUUUUUAUUAUUCGCAGCAUGGGUAUUGGGUAUGACUAAAGUGGGAACCAUAAAUAGUUGUCUUUCAGUCUUUCAGAUAAAAUGUUUUGGAAGAUCUUGCAAGGCUAUAUUAUUUUUGGGCAGAAUAUACUCCCGGAAGUAGAUGAUGUAGUGCAGUUUUGCAUCAAAUGGACUCCCUCCAUUAGAGUGUGUGAAGAAGGCGGCCCAGCCAUCAAGUGGACUCGAUGGCCUAAUCGCGUACCACGAUGCCCCAGCUGCCAUCUUCACUAAUGGAGGAAGUUCAUUUGGUGGCAAAAAUGCACUACCUUAUCUACUUCCUGGAGUUAUAUUCUGUCCGAAGAUAAGAUAGCCUUGCAAAAGCAUCCAUAUCAUUUUAUCUGGAGGGUUGAAAGAAAACUAUUUCUGAUUUCUACUUCAAACUUGCCCAUGCUCUUGAUGCUGCCAAUAAAAAAGAAGGGAGUUUACUAUAAUCUGAUAUUUUAGAAAUCAUCUUGCUCACAAUAAGUGUGAAGAGGUAUCAUUUAGACUCAAAUAGACUUUCUUUUAUUAUUAUGUAAAUUGAUUUCAUUAAUUUUCUUCUUCUUCUUUCAUUUUCAAUCUAGGGAGGGAGCCUACUAGAAAUUUUUGCUGAAAUUUGACGACAUCGCUAGGGUUUGUGAAAUAUAAACUAUGUUUUGAUAUGCAUCCCUUGCAUUUAAAUAUUCAUUUUUUUAAUUUUUCACGUUUUUUUUAUUUAAAUUCACUUUUAAUUUUCAAAAAUAAAGGGGCAUUGUUAAACUUUAAGGUGUAAAGUAGGAUUCAAGGAUAUACUGUUGCAUAUGGUUGACAUGAAAAGAAAGCUCUCUUGUAAAGGUUUCUUUCAUUUUGAACUUUCUAAUUUGUCUCUUUCAAAACUAUUAGGUAACACUACAGGUAAAAUUAGAUUUAAGGACACUAAAAGAGAGUCAUUUAUCAUUUACAAAGAUCCUUAAAAAAUGUGUCAUCUAUUAAAGAGUCAUGAUAAGU